UAAUCUUAUAGAGAGAGAGAGAAUCGCAUUAAACAGCUGCUCUGCAACGCUGUUGAGAGAGAUAGGAAGAAAGAGAGAGAAACGACAAAUGAUGUGUGUUUGGUGAAGAAACAUAUAUAGAAGAAGAUUGCGAAGAAGGUGAAGAAGCAGCAGCCAGCUUUAAAGCGCACAACCGACACGACUCGUUUGGUAUUUACUCUCACUCGUUUCUAGCUUUGUCUACCGCCCUUUCUUAUUCGCUUUCAUUUUUUCAACUCACUCAUUUAAUUUCCCUUUAAUUCUCAUCUAUUAAAUUUUCCUAUGCAUAUUUGAAACCUCCUUCAUCACUCCCUCUUUCUUCUUCACUCCGAUAUGAAGGAGAGGAAUUCUUCUUUUUUCUGCAUGUUUUUUUGUUUAAGGCGUUUGCUUUAAAUUGUUUUGUCAUUUCACUUUGAUUGCCAUUUUCCUUUGUUUCUUUUUUCUAACUAGGUUGGCCAUAGCCAUAGCCAUAGCCAUAGCCAUUUUUUAUGUGCAAAAAGCAAAUUCCCGGAGGAGAUUGAGAGCAUUAAUUUGGACGAAUUAUCUCACUUUUAUUGCCAUUUUCCGUUUCUGCUUCAUUUUAUUUUUGUCUAAGUGAGGUAGGCAUUGUUUGUGGAAAACGCAAAUUCUAGGAGAAGAUUGAGAUCAUUAAAGAGGAAAAAAAGGAAGAAGAAUGUAUGGAGAUUGUCAAGUUCUGUCGUCGUCAACAGUGGGAGGAAACCCUAUUUCAUCAGAUAAUUCAUCUCUCUACAACUCCUCCAUCCAAAACCCCAACUUCAAUUUCAUGGCUAACAUCAGCCCUUUCAACAUCUUCUCUCCGAUUCUUCCACAGAAAGAAGAAACCGGGAUGGCGAAGAGCAAAGAGGAAUUAGUGGAAAGCGGCUCCGGCAGCGAGCACAUCGAAGGAGCGUCGGGCAAUGAGCAGGAGGCGGAGCAGCAGCCGCCCGCCAAGAUCAAACGCUACCACCGCCACACUGCCCGCCAGAUCCAAGAGAUGGAAUCAUUAUUCAAGGAAUGCCCGCAUCCCGACGACAAACAACGCCUCAAACUCAGCCAGGAACUCGGCCUCAAACCGAGGCAAGUCAAGUUCUGGUUCCAAAACCGCCGCACUCAGAUGAAGGCACAACAAGACAGGCAGGAGAAUGUGGUGCUUAGGGCAGAGAAUGAGAGCCUGAAAACGGAGAAUUACCGGUUGCAAGCCACCUUGAGGAAUAUAGUGUGCCCCAACUGUGGAGGUCCCGCUGUGCUCGGCGAGAUGGGCUACGACGAGCAGCAGCUACGGAUCGAAAAUGCACGUCUCAAAGAGGAGUUUGAGCGUGUAUGCUGCAUGAUGUCGCAAUACAAUGGGCGAGGAAUGGGUGCAAGCUCCGAUCUAAUGCAGCAGCAGCAGCAGCAGCAGCCUCAUUCAUUAGAACUGGAUAUGGGGGUUUAUCCACCAAGAAAGCUUGACGAGGAGCAUAUGAGCAACUGCCCUUCCGACAUGAUACCUCUGCCGUUCAUGCCCGAAGCUUCCCACUUCCCAGGCAACACCCUGAUAUUGGAGGAGGAGAAAUCUCUUGCCAUGGAGCUGGCCAUGUCCUCCAUGAACGAGCUGCUCAAGAUGUGGCAGACUGGCGAGCCCCUUUGGGUUCGCGCAGCUGAUACGGGCAAGCAUGUCCUCAAUCUCGAGGAGUAUGCUAGGAUGUUUUCUUGCCUCAAACAGAAUCCUCAUCAGCUCAGGACUGAAGCAACCAGAGAUACCGCCGUUGUCAUCAUCAACAGCAUCACCCUUGUUGAUGCCUUCCUUGAUGCAAAUAAAUGGAUGGAGCUUUUCCCUUCCAUAAUUUCCAGAGCAAAAACACUUCAGGUAGUGCACUCAGACGUGCCUGGCCAUGCAACUGGUUCUAUUCACUUGAUGUAUGCUGAGCUACAAGUUCUGUCUCCCUUAGUCCCCACACGAGAGGCUCAUUUCCUCCGCUACUGCCAACACAACGCGGAGGAGGGGACGUGGGCCAUCGUCGAUUUCCCAAUCGACGGCUUCCACAACGACUACUCUCCUUCAUUUCCUUACUACAAAAGGCGCCCUUCUGGAUGCAUCAUUCAAGACAUGCCUAAUGGAUAUUCAAGGGUAACGUGGGUUGAGCAUGCCGAGGUUGAGGAUGGGCCGAUCAGCACGGUCUUCAGCAGCCUAGUCAGCAGCGGCGUGGCCUUUGGCGCGCAACGCUGGCUUGCUGUUUUGCAGCGACAGUGCGAGAGGCUUGCAAGCCUCAUGGCCAGAAACAUAUCUGAUCUUGGAGUGAUCCCAUCGCCUGAAGCACGAAAAAGUGUGAUGAAUCUUGCGCAGAGGAUGAUUCGGACAUUCUGUCUCAACAUAAGCACUUCUUAUGGGCAAUCUUGGACAGCCCUCUCCGAAUCUGCUGAUGAUACUGUUCGAAUCACGACGAGGAGAGUCACCGAGCCCGGCCAGCCUAACGGCUUGAUUCUUAGCGCCGUGUCCACUACUUGGCUGCCCUUUCAACACAAGCAUGUCUUCGAUUUCUUGAGAGACGAACGUUUGAGAGCUCAGCUGGACGUCCUCUCCAACGGGAAUUCAUUGAAUGAAGUAGCUCACAUUGCCAAUGGCUCGAAUCCAGGAAACUGCAUUUCUCUUCUUCGCAUCAAUGUUGCUAGCAACUCAUCACAGAGUGUGGAGCUGGUGCUGCAAGAGAGUUGCUCGGAUGAUUCGGGGAGCUUAGUAGUGUACUCGACGGUGGACGUUGAUGCGAUUCAGAUGGUGAUGAACGGCGAGGAUCCGUCGUGCAUCCCUGUCCUACCCAUGGGGUUCGUCGUCGUCCCAAUCGAAUCAACCAAAGAGACGUCUUCGGAGUCGGGAUGCCUCCUCACAGUCUGCCUGCAAGUUCUGGCAAGCACCAUGCCUAAUGCGAAGCUCAAUCUCUCAAGCGUCACCGCAAUCAACCACCAUCUCUGCAACAUCGUGCAGCAGAUCAGCGCCGUUCUCGGCAGCAGCAAUUCUUUCACCGACGCCCCCGCCCCCAAGCCCACGGCUGACUGACACUAACAACUGCAAUCGGAUAUAUUAAUUCACUGGAUUAGCUUCUUUUUGUUUAUGGUUUUGUUUUGGUUGGUGGGAUUGAUGGAAACCAUUAUUGCAGUAAAAUUAGGGUUAGAGUGAGUAGGAAAAUAGGAGUCAAGAGCGCACCAGAUGGAUUUGAGAUACAAAUCCUUGCUACUUGUUAAGGCUCAUUAUCACUAGCUAGUGACCUCACCACAUAGCAAGGGUUGCUUGGUUCGGGUAUUGACUUCUUUUUCUCAUUCAUUUAUAUCAAUAUUAAUAUGAUCAAUACUUCCUCUCA